GAUGUGCGAUGACGUCACUCUCUGAGCGGGAUUUUCGAGUCAAAACAUGGCGGACGCGACCAGCAUUGCACAGCGCAUAUUGUACUUUCUGCCGACGUUCUCCGAAGAUUUUAGCACAAGAAAUGUAGGUUUGAUUUUAUGUAAUCCUCAAUGUUUCUUGCGACAUCAGCCCUCUUGGCAUCGAUUGAUUCCCUUGAGUUCGCAAGUCCCUGAGAGUACUUACAACAGAGUAAUUGGUGCUCUUCUAAUCAAAGCUGCAAAUGAAAUCGACGAUGGAUGGCUUUGUGUACAUCAUGGCAAGCGGACACAGAGGAGCAGAGAUAUUUAUCGUAAGAUCUUAUGUCGGGACCGGGACUCAGAAUUGGCACCGGGUGCUCAAUCGAUAAAAAUCGGAGAUCAAUCGAUAAAUCGAUAUAUGUGUCAAUUUAUCGAUAUAGCCAUCUUGGGUCAAUUGGACACCUCCUCGUGUAUCAGAAUGGCAACCUCAGAGAAGAGAGAAAAAGUACCAUCAUACUAUUCUUCUGAGCAAGAGAGAAGCAAAAAAAUGAAAAAACUCCAUAACCUUGAAACAGCUGGUUUGUGCGCCGAUCCAGAACAUAAAGGAGCAAUCAAGGGCCUAAAAACAAAUAAGAACACAACGAAAGACGAAUUUAACGCGACUGCUCUAGGGGCUGGGAACUUUGAGGUCCAGUUUGUUUCCAUUCAAAAUGUCGCCGGUGAACUGAGAAAUGGUAAAUGCUGCGAUGGAAGUCGUACAAUAUACGGAAGUCGUAGCCAUUGCCUCGACGCCUGUGAAACCUUCUUUACGAUUUGUCUCAAACCUUCGGACGGACAGGCGGGCUCCAAUUCUGGAACUUGUACUUUUGGACAAUACACCACCAAAGUUCUUGGAGGAAAUUCAUUCACCGUAACCGAUUCAUCCGAGCAAAUAGUAUCUCUGCGCUUCACGUUUUCUUGGUUGACAACAUAUCUCCUGGUGCUAGAGGCAAGAGACAGUGAUAACACAACAAGCCAACUAAUUGAUGAAACAUCCCUACGGGGCAUCCUCUUUCCCAACAAGACAUGGGAAAGUCACUCAUACAAUGGCCCAACAGCAUCCAUCAAGUACAAUGUUAGGGUUGUGUGUGAUGAACACUACUAUGGACGAACUUGCACUAUUCUAUGCAAGCCAAGAGAUGAUAUAUUUGGGCACUACACGUGUGACGAGCAGGGCCACAAGAUAUGUCUGCCUGGAUGGAGAGGAGAUCAUUGUGAUAUUGCCAUCUGUAAGACUGGAUGUGAUCCCGAACAUGGAAGGUGCACAACACCAGGACAAUGUCUGUGUGACCCCGGCUGGACAGGAGAGCUUUGUAACAAGUGCAAGCGGUAUCCGGGGUGUGUGCACGGUACGUGCUCCACACCGUGGAAGUGUGAUUGCAUGCUCAACUGGGGAGGGCUGCUGUGUGACAGAGAUUUGAACUACUGUCGUCAUCUUCCUUGCCAAAACGGAGGCACUUGUUUCAAUGUUGGGCCGGACCAGCACCGCUGCCAGUGCCACCCUGGCUAUACUGGAAUCAAUUGUGAAACACGUGUUGAUAGCUGUGCAUCGAACCCCUGUCUCCAUAAUGGAAGCUGCACCAAUACCAUUGAAGGUUUUCAAUGUCAGUGUACGUCAGAUUGGGAGGGAAAGACGUGCCAACUCAGUAAGGAUUGCCACAGCCAACCCUGCCAGAAUGCCGGGACGUGCAUUAACACUGAGACUGGGUUCCAGUGCCGAUGUGCUCACGGAUGGGAGGGGCCAACAUGCGACCAAAAUACAAACGAAUGUGCCGCUAGGCCCUGUAUCAACGGUCGCAAAUGCAUCGACCUGAUUGGCGACUAUGCAUGUGAGUGUUUGGAAGGAUGGCAAGGCAAAAACUGCGACCAGAACAUUAACGACUGUGCCGGUCAGUGUAAGCAUAACGGAACAUGCAUAGACCAACUCAACGACUACACCUGUCAUUGCCCGCUUGGGUACACCGGAAAGAACUGUGGCCUCUUGGUCGACCACUGCCUUAGCAACCCAUGCCUGAACAAAGGAAUCUGCACCGCCGUCGUCAAUGGUUACCAGUGCGUGUGCCCUAUCGGUUUCCAUGGUAACAACUGCCAGUAUAAGGACAACGAGUGCUACCCUAACCCUUGCGUGCACGGCUCGUGCCGGGACCUGAUCGGUGAUUACAAGUGCGUCUGUAGUGAUGGGUACUCGGGCCGGAACUGCUCCGUCCCGUCUGUGGAUGGCAACAACGCGUGCAACCCGGACCCGUGUCUCCACGGUGCCGCAUGCAACUUUUUGUCCGAUGGAGGCAGCCAGUGCCAGUGCUUGCCUGGGUACACCGGUGCCUUCUGCGAGACCAACAUCAACGAGUGCCUCUCCUCGCCUUGCAAGAACGGCGCCACGUGUGUUGAUCGGGUGGAUGGCUUCAAGUGCGUCUGUGACGCAGGAUAUCAGGGCUCCCUGUGCCAAGUUGAUAGGGAUGACUGCGCUUCCUCGCCGUGUGAAAACUCUGCCACUUGUAUUGACAGAGUGGAUGAUUACGAGUGCAGGUGCGCACCGGGGUACACGGGCGUGAACUGUGACCAUAAUAUAAACGACUGUGGACGGUUGAACCCUUGCCAAAACGGAGGGAGUUGCAUUGACAAGUUGAAUGGAUACGUUUGUAGCUGUAGACCCGAGUUCACAGGAGUAGAAUGCGAGUCUCCUGUUAACAAAUGCUCUUCCAACCCUUGCACCAACAACGGCACGUGCAUCCAAGGCCUUGGUAUCUUCAUGUGCAGCUGUCCCGCGGGUUUCACGGGACCACGAUGCGAGGCAGACAUCAAUGAGUGCGAAUCGGACCCGUGUCUGAACUCUGGGACGUGCGUGGAUGGCGUCGCAAGCUUUCAAUGCAAAUGUCCAGUCGGAUUCACAGGAAAACGCUGCGAGACGAAGCUAAAUCACUGCAUCGGGCACGUCUGCGCGAACGGCGCCACCUGCAUGAACGGCAAGGACAAGGCCGUGUGCAUCUGCGAGUCAGGCUUCGUCGGUACCCACUGCGAUGUUAACGUGAACGAGUGCAACUCUAUGCCUUGUCAGCACGGGGGCACGUGCAUUGAUGAGGUCAACAACUUUCGCUGUCUGUGUCCGACUGGAACCAGGGGGCAUUUCUGUGAACAAGUGAUUGACUCGUGUAAGAUUGCCGUGUCGUUCAAUGGGACAUCCGCCACUAAGAUCGUGGACACGGGCGUCUGUGGUGCACAUGGCACGUGCAUCAACAUCCAGGGCGGGGACUUCAGGUGUGCCUGUGAUGAGGGCUAUACCGGAAACCACUGCCAUAUUGAUAUCGAUGACUGCAUUGGGCACGAGUGUGGUAACGGGGCUACCUGUGUAGACGGAAUUAGCUCGUACCAGUGCAUCUGCCGAGACGGCUGGGAAGGACCUUUCUGCAAAACCAACAUCAACGAAUGCAAGAGUAGUCCAUGUAAUAAUGGCGGGAACUGCACCGACCUUGUGAAUGACUUCGUAUGCACCUGUGUACCGCCAUGGAAGGGAAAGGCCUGCACCUCUGUGGCAUCUCAAUGUGAGAGGAAUCCCUGCCAAAAUGGCGGCACCUGUCAGGACCUUGACGACACUUUUGAAUGUGUGUGUCCUAAAGGCUACAGUGGGAGAACCUGCCAACUCGAUUUUGGUCAGUGCUACUCCAAACCAUGCAAGAACAAUGCUACGUGCGUGGACCAGGUCGGAGAGCAGUUCGUCUGCCUGUGUCGGAACGGAUGGGAAGGAUUCUACUGUGACAAGAAUAUCGACGACUGCGCAAACAACCCGUGCUACAAUGGAGCCACGUGCGUGGAUGGCGUCGGAUUUCGACUCUGCGCAUGCGCUAAAGGAUUCUCUGGCCCAGACUGUAGGAUUGACAUCGAUGAGUGCGCCUCGUCUCCGUGUCAGGCCGGGGCUCAUUGCUUGGACCUAAUCGGGGACUACACGUGCGUGUGCCCACCUGGGAAGAUCGGCAAAAAUUGCGAAGUAAACGACCCGAAUCUGUGCCGAUACGGCGAUAACCAACUCCAGUCCCACAACACCACCGUCAAAGAAGACUGCAACACCUGCAGCUGUGUCCACGGUACCCGGACAUGCACCAAGGUGGUCUGUGGCCCGGACAACUGUCUAAACAGCUCCACCGUCAGCAACGACAUUUGCUCCAUGGGUAGCGUGUGUGUUCCGAAAAAGGGCACUUGCCUGAAGCCUCCCUGCCCCGCAUAUGGAGAGUGCCAGGGAUGGUCCGUGGCCCAACCACAUGGCGACAGUGAUAUCAGUGACGAUGUCUGCUUGCCGCGCAGUAAUGACCUGACCCAGGACUGCGCUAAAAUAAACAUUCUUCUGGAUUGGGACAAGCUACCAAAUGGAACGCUUAUUGAAGAGUUUUGCCGCCAGCUGAGGUACCUCCCUUUUUUGAAAAAACACGCGCGUAAGGCGCAAAUCCGCUUACUAUGCGACGGCUCGUGGGCGCCUAAACCAGGCAAGCAGAAGAGAGAUACAGGGAUCAUCAUUUCAGUGGCGAGUAGCCCAAAUUCUGGUGUAGCCGAGGUCGCUGCCAUGGACAUUGCGGUUUUUAUCCGUACCAACCACACCCGUCGAUCAGACAUAAAUGUGAUGCUGUACAAGGUGCUGGUGGCGGUCAAGGAAGUGACGGUAGAGAGAUCUGUCACCCUCUCCUAUCACCAGGAGCCAACGGCUACCCAAGAAUUCCUUAUCCCAGUGAUCGCCUCCUUAGUCGUCCUUGCCGCUAUCUUGCUUCUCAUCCUAUGCAUUCGCGGCAAGUGGCGGGACCGCAAGCGCAACCUGCGGCAGACCCGCUUAGACAUGCGCACACCGCUCAAGAAAACCCGCAACGCACCGCUGGAAAGAGUGACCAGCGACGGACGCAAGUAUUACAACCAAACGUCGUCGGACUCAUCGUCUUCGGCGAACUCCUCUUCGACACAGUCAUCUGACUUGAGGGGCUUCGAGUACAACAGAGCGAGUUUGCUCGAAUCGUCGUGCUCGUCUCCUCAAGUACUGACACCUCCCAUGUCUCCCAAAGAGGAGGGUGCGAAGGACGAAUGGCGGAGAUUCAGGGUUCACCGCAACAGUACGCAAAUUGAGAUCAUUGUGUAGUCCAGAGUAAAUAAAUAUUAUAUAUAUAUUAUUUAGAUCUAUGAAAAUACACAUAUACUGUUUAAAAAUUGUAGAAGAUUAUUCAACUCCAGGCAGAUGCCUAUUACACGGUUCAUGGCGUCAUACUGGUUGUUAUGAUAUUCGAAUGCCAAUGUAGGAGGCUUCCGUUUGGAGGCAUUGUUGUUAGAACACUCACCGUUUAGAAUAUUUUAUAGUACCUCAUGUUAUAAACGUUAGGUCUUGAUAGGUCUAGAGGUAUCAGUGUUUUAAGGAAGAUGUAAAUAUGUAUAUGAACGUUAUUAUUUAAUAUUUAAAUACUGUGUAGUUCAAGUUGGACCAACAGAACGUUUCCGUGCGGAUCUGCGCGGCUUCCAUGCACAUCAAUUUGCACUCCUUAAAUCUUGGAAAAUAUUUUUCGAGAACCGCUCUUGGAAAAUACUUUUAGAAGAACUGCCCUCUAGACUUCUACUAGACUUAGAAGAUCCCAUAAAGAAAACAAUUUCCUAGAGAAGCUCUCCCACUGAAGGGUAUAAUUUUCUUUGAAUUAUGUAUACUGAAAUGUUACUAUCCCUGAAAGUUUUACUUUUUGUAAGUGAAUAGUUGAUCCUUUAGGCCAUCGGUAUUGUUGAUAAUACUUCGUUGCUAUAGAAAUUAUUAUUUACGUUUAAUCGUCAAAGUACUGGUUUAUAGUACUAGGUUGCCUUCUGUCGUGUUUCCUACCAGUAUAUAGCGUGUUCGCUGGUUUGUAAGAUACCGAUUUAUAGUAAUAUUAGAUUUGUAAAAAGAUUUUUUUUUAUAAAACUAGGGUUUCUUGUUCUAAAAUUUUCUAAAUGCGUGGAUUAAAUCUUUGUUAAGAGUGUGAAAUAUCUUAGAGUAUUUUUGUAUUAUUCAGAAAAAGUCAAAUUCGUAGGUCAAGAAUCUGAUUCUUGUUUUGUAAGCUCCAUGCAAGCUGCUCAAUAUCCAUCGCUGCAUAAUCGCGAAGCUAUCGCUUUCAAGCUUUUAGGAUGCGCGAGAGCUUAAGAAAAAUGCUUUCUGUUAUGUUAUGUUCCCUGUAAACCCCAAACCUAGCUUGUCUAGAUUUACGUUUCAUUGUAAAAGAAGUUAUGGGAUAAAGACCUAGUGUUAUUGUAGGGUAAUACGCAACAAUAAGAUUACAAUGAACGGUUUCUUCAUGUCUUCAAAUUCUACAAAAUAAGAGGCCCUUGUAUUGACCGAGAGGUACUCCAACCAGAUCACGUGUCAUUCAUGCUGUUAACCGUCGACUAUUUUAUUGCAAAGUACGAACGAUUAAGAACAAAAUAGGUAACAGAAAAGGAUUGUAGCAGGAGAGGUUAAGGUAAAAUAAGUAAAAAUCUCAUUGUACAGACUAUUUAAAAUAUAUAGUGUAAAUUAAAAUGCACUUAUUAAGGAAGGCCUUAGAUUGGUACGAACUUUUCAAGAAACAGUUUUCGACUUAAGCCUUUCUUGGAAAGUUCGUGCUGAGUUUGGCAUAUAGUGAGGCCAAUUAGUUCGGAAAUAAUUCAUUGUGAAAUCUCUCACAAUUGAUUGGUAGAAAUGCUCUUCGUGUCAGGAGACUAAAAAACAACAACUCUGAGAUGCCCCGGUACAUCUCUGAUUCUAGAAAGGAAAUAUACUUGAUAAUAUUUUAGAUUUAUGCUAGACUAUUCCUGAAAUAACUAUCCUAGAACGUCUAGAGAAUUUCUUUGCUCUUUCCUUUUAUUAAAAAACUUCUAGAACGCUUCUGUCAUUAAGAGCAUUUCAAUCACUUUGGAAGGUCCUAGAACUUCUAGGAGUCAUCGUAAAAAGUUUUUAGUGCAUGCGUAAACUCCUGGCACUGGGUAUAGUAAGACAGGGCGAUUAUAUGCUUGCCUUUGGUCGUUUGUCGUUGAAUUGUAGUAUAUCGUCCGGUGGGAAGCCGUUCGAUUUUGCGUUUUGGGUUGUAUUAAUGCAGACCUUAUCAAUAACUUAAAAGCGCAGCCCAGGUACGACCUUCGCGUUCGUCAUUAAGCUAGCUGCUGGCCAUCUGCAACGUUAGUUAGUUGCGUCUACUGCAUAACGCCUUGUAUUGACACAAAUAAAAUACUGAAAUGAAA